AUGCAACAAAAUAAUGGCCAGAAGCAACAAGAAACUGUUUUACCAAGUUUUCAUUCAUUGAUAUCAACAUUGGGUGUUUCAAAUGAUUCAACUUUACCUUCCAUCAACAUCAACACAAGUACUUGGGAUAGACAACAACCAUCAACGAGUUGCAUUAAUCCAUCUCUUCCCUCAUUACAGUCAUCGUUAGAACAAACUACCUUAGAAUGUAAUUAUAAUAAUGGCAAUAUUGGAACAUGUAUAAUAGAUUCACCUUCAGUGAGUUUUCCAACAUGUCCAUUCAAUUAUCAUUCCACUCAAGAUUCUCAAUUGUCUUCGCCUUUUCCACCUCACUACUGCCACAAUCCAUUUACCCCAUUGUACAAUUCCUCUCAUAACCAAACACAAUAUCAACAUGUUACACCAAUCAUUUCAGCAACCUCGUUAUUGCUCUCUCCAACAUCACCUCCUCAACAACAAUACCUCACCACUCAAAACAACACACUCCUUUCAUCACCUUCAAACAUGAAUCAACAACCACAGCUUAACAAUAGUCCUAUAAGGAGUAGGCGAAGAAAUAAUUCACCUCCAAUAACACCUAAUACAGAUGCGCUCAUUGAAUCACAACAGAAUAAGAAGGAAAAGAAAAAGCAAAUCAAGUUUAUGCCAAAUAACAAUUUCAAAUCAUUGAAUUCAUCCUCUCAACCUCAGCUACCAAGACCUCCUUCAGUUGAUGCUGAUGAUGUAGAGGUAACCAAUGUAACAUUCUCUAUGGAAAAGCAAUCCCAACCUAAAAAGAAACGAAAGGGAAUUUUUCAAUCAAAAAACUCGAAACUUUCUCCCAUUGUAAAUCAAUCAGAAAGUACUAACGAUUCAGAUUACAGUUCAACAGGAUCUUAUCCCUUUCAGAAUGGUACUACCAAUGGUCCAUCAAUCUCAACAGAUAAUUCCUCACAAAAUGUUUCAAAUCCAACACAGUCCAACAAUAUAAUGAAUAGUGGACUGUUUAUGGAAUUUAUUGGAACUUCCACAAAGAAGAGAAAACAAUAUCGAGAUAUUAUCAAUUACAAGGAUGAAUUCUUUACAGAUUCUUACUCAGCUGAGAAGAGAUUAAGAGAAUCAAGCACAAAAUAUCGAUCCAAGCAACCACUCAAUCCUAACAAUAAAGAAAAGUAA